UCCACCUCCGCGGAUUCUGAACGAAAUAGUAAUAAUAAUGCGGCAGUGGUUUCGCACAGUUUGAUGAACCCGUUAGUGUACUGCGUCAGUGAUGUUUCGUAAUAUUAAACGGCUUUAGAAUUUYAGUAAAUUGUUUUUUUAUUUCUAUUCGUUUGUUUGUUAUUUAUUUUUUGGAUUUGCCACCACCAACAACACGUUAACGGCAAUAAUAGUCAUUUGUCCCCGAAAAUUUGGCAUUGCUACCUGAGUGUAAACACGACAAGCGAUCGUAAAUCAGGACACAUAUGUAGCUACUCAACUUCGCUAAGCUGAAUUAAAAUUUGGGAGGAGACUGUUGUUUCUACAGCAAUUUUAAAUUUUACUGAAGAACAAGCCCCAUGCUUUAUGCUCAGUACAUUGGCAUAGUUUGUACGAAUAAAAUUCGAAGAUCAUGGAAAAAUCAGUUUUAAAACAAUGUCGAAUACCUGAAAGAAAUACAAAUCAAAAAGAAAAAAACGUUAUGGAUCUGACCAGUUCUCCAAAUCACAUUGAGAUACAAAAAAAUAUUAAURGUUUAUCCGAUCCUCCUCGUGUAGAACAGGAUAAUCCAUCGAACCAAACCGUUCAACCUACUAAAGACAACGAACUCCAACCAAUUAUAAAUAAUAAUAAUGGAGUUUUUGACAAUUUACUUGGAGAUUCUGAUGACGAUACUUUGAAAGCUUUUGAUUUGUAUAGAAAAAAGAAGCUUUUAACUCAAAGUAUGAUGGACAUUGCAUUAUUCUCCGCAAACGCCAAUCAGUUAAGGCAUGUCUUAGAGACUUUCGAUGGCCAAUACAUUUCAUACAUUUGCGUAGUACUUAUAUCGAUGAGUAUAAUCCUGCAAAUUUUAGUUGGUGUGACUAUGCUCUUGAGUAUUCGGUACAAUGUAACUAAUUGUGAACAGCGAAAAAUGGCAUUCAAGUACGGAAACUAUGUUAUUGUUGGCAUAUUUCUCAUUACUGUGGUUAAUAUUUUAAUAUCAGCAUUUGGAAAACCAGCGUGACCAUACUGUUGUAAAUACACAUAGGCGCAUAGCUAAAAAAAAAACACAAAACAAAACAAAAACUCAACAGCCCAUCUCCUUAUUUGAACUAUUUUUAA